AGAUAAAGACACGUAUGGUAACAUGCGCGGAAUUAUCGAAUUCAUUUAUGUAAUCCACGUUGAUAGAAACGGAAGUUGGAAAGAAAAAAACAUGAAUUUUUAAUGUUUAUUUACGAAAUAGUAUUUGAUGUUUCAGAUUAAGGAAAUAAGAAUUACAAAGCAAAAUAAUAAUUAAAUUUUAUAAAACAAGAUUUCGUAAUUAAUUGCCAAUGUCUCAUAAGAAGUGAAUUCAAUAUGGAAAAUGAAGUCAGAAAAAGAAGAUCCGAUGAUGUUCCGGAGACUUCUUCUACGUAUUUAAUCGCUCGGGAUGAAAACGAAACCGACAUGGACGAUUGGUCAGCAGGAGAUAGACAGAAUAUCAUUCUGUUACUCAUUCUUUAUGUGCUGCAGGGUAUUCCAUUGGGUCUUGGUGGAAGUAUUCCUCUGGUACUCCAGAACAGAAAUAUAAGCUAUAAAGAACAGGCCAUGUUCAGCUUUGCACACUGGCCGUUUAGUAUAAAGCUUAUCUGGGCGCCCGUCGUCGACAGCCAGUUCUGCACCAGUUUUGGUAGACGGAAAUCGUGGCUGAUCCCUACCCAGUAUUUAAUUGGCUUGUUUAUGCUGGUGCUUUCGGGUUUCGUUCCCUCUUUGUUGGGUGGAGAGUCCGAGGAAGAGCGUCCCAACGUCUUUCUGCUGACGUUGAUAUUCUUUCUGUUAAAUUUUCUUGCAGCCACUCAGGAUGUUGCCGUGGACGGAUGGGCGCUCACCAUGUUGUCGAGGCGUAAUGUUGGAUAUGCCUCUACAUGCAAUUCUGUAGGUCAGACGGCUGGAUAUUUCUUGGGAAAUGUAGUGUUCUUGGCUCUAGAAUCAAAAGAUUUCUGCAACACUUAUUUGAGAAUGGUACCAAAAGAAGAAGGGCUUGUUACAUUAUCUGGGUUUUUAAGCUUCUGGGGUGUCGUAUUUUUGAUUACGACAACUCUGAUUAUGGUUUUUAAAAAAGAACGAGAAACAAGAAGAAUCGAGGAGCACAACAAUUUGAAUUUGAAAGAAGCUUAUGUCAUGCUGUAUCGAGUUCUUUGUUUACCAAGUGUACUCACUCUUGGUGCUUUGCUUCUGACUUGUAAGAUUGGUUUUUCAGCCACUGAUGCAGUCACAGGAUUAAAAUUGAUUGAAGCAGGAGUUGCCAGAGAGAAUUUGGCACUUCUUGCCAUCCCAAUGGUUCCUCUUCAAAUAUUGCUGCCACUCUUGAUUAGUAGAUAUACAGUGGGACCAAGACCUUUAGAUGUAUUUUUGAAAGCUUAUCCAUACAGGUUGAUGUUUGGAGUAUUGUUAUCUUUUCUUGUCUAUUGGACUCAUUUAGUAAGAUUGGAUAAUGGAUCCUUUCCAUUUUAUUAUUACAUUGUCAUUUUACUUGGAUAUGCUAUUCAUCAGAUAACAAUUUAUAGUAUCUUUGUUGCUCUGAUGGCAUUUUUUGCCAUGAUAAGUGACCCAGCCAUGGGUGGAACAUACAUGACACUUCUCAAUACAGUGUCCAACUUGGGAGGAAAUUGGCCUUCAACUGUAGCUUUGUGGUUUGUUGAUCCUCUUACAUUUAAAGAGUGUAAGAAGAUAGUGAUUCCCUGUGUUACCAACUCUACAUUAGAUAAUUGCCAUGAGAUGACAAAAGAAGAAUGCAUAACUAUAUUGGACGGGUAUUAUGUAGAAUGUGUUGUAUGCCUGAUUAUAGGACUCAUUUGGUUAUAUUACUGCAAGAGAAAGAUUACUCAUCUUCAACUCCUUCCUCCUUCUGCCUGGAAAUGUUAAUUAAAAUGUUGACUGUGAUAUGUUUUAUAAAAGUAUGUUGUUUGUUUAAAAUAUCCAGUAAAAUAAAUUUAUUUUAUUAGACAUUCCAGACAUAACUCAGUCAAUGUGGUGAUAUGUAAACAAAAGGAGAUGAUUCAAAAUGAUGAUAACAAUUUUUGUAUGUAAAAACUAAUUUAUUCAAAUGAAACAACUUGAAGUUAAGUUUUGUUCAUUUUAAAUUUAUUAUUAUGUUCUUAAAUGCAAAUUAUUUAAAAAUAUAUAUUAUAAAGUGCCUAGGACUAACGGUGCACAUUAUCUUUAUAAAUUAUGUAACUAAGCAUCUCAGUUACAUAAAAAGGAUCAAAUAAAAAUAAAAAUGAUUUUUAAAUUAUAAAAUUUAAUAUUAAACAAAUAUUAAUUUCUAAUAUUUACAUUAUUGUAAUUAUAAAAUAAUUUUAAUUUUUUGCAUAAUUUGCACCAUAAUCAAGAAUCUUUCUGAUGUUUAUCUGUUUUUGUAGCAAGAUCUUAAUUAUAUUUAAAAAUAAAUAAAUAAAUAAAAUUAUAUAUUUUUAAUUUGUUUAUUGAUAGUGUUUAUGUAUCAGUUAACAAUGCUCACUACCAUGCAGUUUUAUAUUAUUAUGUUGUGAAUGUCAUGCUCAGCUGAUACUGGUGCCAAGUGCUAUGCAAGACUAAAGACAUAGCUACCCAAACAAGUGUAAAAUUUAAGCUGUAUUAUUGAUGUAUAUGUCAACGUCUAGAAACUUUCUCACAAUAUGACAUGUUUCCAAUAUUGCAGCUUUCUGUAGUGCCAUGUAUAUGUUGUUAUUAAGAGGUUUAAUGUUUCUAGACUUUUGUAUAGUGUAUGUGGUAUGACACCAGUAGAAAAGAGACAAACAGGUACAAUAAAUACCUUAUCUAUCCUCCACAUCCAUCUUAUUUCUUGAGUGAGUGGAGUUUACUUGUUGAUUUUUUCAAUCUGGGCAUUUUUUAUGCUAUGAUGUUUGGAACAGAGAUGUCUAUUAUAUAAGUGAUCUUACUGCAUUUAUCAAUGAGUGUGAUAUCAGGUCUAUUGUGAUGGAUUGUUUUAUCUGUGAUUAUGGCUCUGUUGUUGUAUAUUUUGUGUGUGUCAUUUUCUAAUACUGCUUGUGGAGUAUAUUUAUAGUUUGAUACCUGGUUGUUUAAUAAUCUGUGCUGUGCAGGCUGUUGGUGUAUUAUAUUUACUAC